UUGCCUGUGCUCUUUGCAUUCUUUGCAAAGUACAUUGUUCUUUUGAUCGAGCGAGCUGUUUUUUGAAUCGAAAGUGUAAUAAAAUUAACAAAAAUGAAGGUGGAUUUAAAACAUUUACUAUGAAUUCCUUUCAUUCUGUGUAAACAUGUGUGUACAAAGGCAUUGGCUGGUGUAUUGUUUGUAAAGUUAAGAAUUCCAAAAAUGCUUGUAAUCAAGUCGACACACUAAACGGAUUCAUCGUUCCAGUACGAAGGAUAAAUACCUUCUUCAAGUAAAAUGAGCAACUGGGCGAGGCGCAUGCACCGGCGAGCGGCUACAUUAAGCAAUGUAGUCACAUCUUGUGGGCAUCCAAAUUCUCUGCCGUAUCCUCGAAGACUUGAAAAAGUAAAGUUUGGUGUUCCUCUCCACGAAGUUUGCAAGGAUGACUUGCCGGGUCCCUUGCUUGUGCUGAUUUUAAAGCUAAACAAAGAGGCUCCUCUCCGCCGUGAUGUAUUUCGUGCCCCGGGACACCAGGGAGCCAUGAAGAAGUUGAUUCACUUCCUGCAAACUGGCCGGCUAGUCAAUGUUGAUAAUUACUCCGUUUACACUAUUGCCAGUGUACUCAAAAAGUUUUUAAGGAAAAUACCUGGUGGUGUGUUCGGGAGAGAUGGUGAGAUGGAACUGUUUGCCGUUGUGGAGCUGCCAGCUGAACAGCAAGUUGAUGCUAUCAGAAGGCUCCUAUUGGCGUUGCCAGUGUGUACGCAGAAGCUAUUGGUGUUGCUAUUCGGGACGUUCCGGGUGAUGGCGUCCAACGCCGACAAAGCUGGCACUGGCAUGACAUCAGAGGCCCUAGGCGUGUCCGUAGCGCCGUCGUUCUUCCAUUCGUGCGUGUCGGACGGCAAGACCGCCACAAUGGAGGAUGUGCAGAGAUUCAAGGCUGAAGUCUCUGUGGCGACGCGUAUAAUGCGGCAACUCAUCGAGCAGUUCAGCGCAGGGGACCUGUUCGGGAGGGAUAACUACGAGUACUACGCGCGCGUCACGGGCCGCAUCCUGCGAGUCAGGGACGAGUGGAUCUGCUCGUUCCGCGACCCCCCGCCGCCGCGGCACCAUCGGGACCAGGAGGCUUAUGCUAGGCAGUUGUCUUUGGAAGCGGAGAAAACAUGGCUUCAGUGCGAGUGCGAUCGUUGGGGCAACAAGUUUAAUUUAGAAGGGUUGUCAAAAUCGGAGGAGUGUCAGUCAAUGCCGGCGUUGAUGGGCGCUGUGGGCGGCACGGGCGCGGGCGCAGGGCUCGGCAUCAUCCCUGAACACAGUCUGCUGGAUUCCUGCACGCGCCUCUCCAUCUCACUCGAGGAGAGCAUAUUUAAGAUAUCCGUGAGCUCGUCGUCCCAGUCGUCGCGCAGCAACUCCAGUCCGCACAUGACGCUGGACGAGCUGCGCGCCGUCAACAAGUACGCGGAGAGCACCAAGAGCCUCUCCUACCUGCCGCAGGUGCACGAGCGGCAGCGGGCGCGGAUGCGGACGCGCUCCGAGUGGUUCCUGCAGCCCGCCGCCUCGCUGGACGCGGCCCGCGCGCGCGCAAGCGGCUCGCGGCGUCGCUCUCGGCGCGCGCGCGUGUGCCGCGCCCUCACGCACUCCGACACUGAAGUCCCGCUCGCUCUCCAGCCUCGUCAAGUGACCGCCUGACCCUGACCCUGACCUCCGCACCGGCUGACCCCCACGGAGCAUCGCCGCACUCGCACGCACAUCCGUCACCGGUAACCAUGCCACCCCUUCAUCACAUGUCACACGAUUCAACACUUUCAUACGCGUCACACAAGAAAAUGUCACUAUCACACGACGAUGUCAGCUUACUGUCAUACCUUCUGGUCAUGAUCUCAGUGGAAAUGUUGUAGUUGACUACACAGUGCCCUACAAAUAAUUACGUAUGGUGUGCACCAUUCAUUUCACCCUUUGGGUGUCUAUCACGGAAAAGUGCUUUUCAUGUUAUCCAAUCACCAAAGUUACCCAAUAUCAAAUUAUGAGUUUCACAGUUAUUUCUAGGGCCUUGUGUAUAGAACGCAGGGUCUGAGAAAUACCUAAAACCUAUAUUCAAGGCACUUUCUGUGUCUCACGGAAAAGUGAUUUUAUCUUUAUCUUAUUUGGUCACCUGAGUUACCCAAUAACAAAUUAUGAGUUUCUAGGACACUGCGUACAGUACAACAACAGAGCUGGCAAAUUAUCGCAAAUUGUAAUUUAGGGAUUCUCGCACAAGAGUGGCGAGCUGUCAUAUCUCGUACAAAACGGUCAUUGACAACGGUCAGAUUUGUACAAGACACUUUUAAUUAAACACUUCUAUACCUAUUCUGAUUUCUGUGGUUACAUAGGAUCAACAAAAUAAAGUUUACAACUCAAAUUAUUGACUGAUGCUACUUUCAGUAACUUAAUCUUUCCGGUAUAGAAAUCGAAACUACUGCUCUUUGAAAAUGUCUAUAGAUAUAAUAUUAUGUGCUUAGUUUCUAGCGGUUGGACUAGAAUCGUAUUUGACAAAUAUUUACCAUACAGUAAAAAAACAUCAUGUCUAUAAGGGGUUAAAUAUUAAUUAACAGGUAGUUUUCUAAACUCGUACAAUGGCGUCGAUGCUCUAGUUUUGCUCUAAACUAAAUUGAGAGUAUCUGCAUCUUUUUCUUUUUAUUAUUCCUA